CUCCGGCUCGCGCUCGCUCUCCCCUCUCAGCUGCCCCGACGGAACAGCAGCCGCUGCCGCUGCGCUGUGAAUGGUGAAGUCCUCACCCCCCAUUGCAGCAGAGGGCGGAAUAAGGAGCUUUAGGUACGGAAGACGCAAACAGCGCCCAAACAGGAAAUUAAAGUGGUGGGAGCCCAGCCUGGAAAGGAAUAACAGCCAUUCAAGGCUUGCUGUGGGCAGAGGAACCUGCAGAACCUGUCUGAGCCUGCCAAAAAUCAUCGGUGUCGUGGUGACUGACCUGAACUGUUCAAUGGCUCUGUUGACUCUGCAUAGGAUCCCGUCUAUCCCUACCACUCCAGAUGAAAACCUCCAGAAACGAGGGAGACUUCAGAAAAGGGAGAGUUUUGCCCUCGUCAAAGGGGCCGCCCUACUGCUGGAGGAUGGCGAAAUGGGGAAUCGCCAUGAAAGUGCUUCUGAUGCCGAGACCUCUCCUGUGAAAGAAGGCAGCGAUGCGCCAGAUUCACAGCGCAGACAUCUGCAUGCCAUGUUUGAGCAGCUGAGACCAGAAGAUACCAUCAAACUGGCGGUGCAGUUGGAGUCCAUCAGCUUGGUCAGGGUCAGGUAUCUGAUCGUCGUCUCAACGCUGGGCAACAAACAGGAGAGCAUCCUGCUGGGCAUGGAUUUCCCCAGCUCAGACAGUGUUGCAUGCACCAUUGGACUGGUUCUGCCAAUAUGGAGCGACACACAAGUGUACCUAGACGGAGAUGGUGGUUUCAGUGUGACUUCAGCAGAGGAAACCAGAAUUUUUAAGCCGGUUUCCAUGCAGACCAUGUGGUCGGUGCUGCAGGUGCUGCACGGCUGCUGUGAGCGGGCGGUAAGGGCGGCGGUGAUCCCAGGCAGUGGGCUGGAGUGGGCCCAGCACUACAACCAGCAAAUUGAGUCGGAUCGCUUCUGCCUCAAUGAGUGGGAGGCCAUGAAUGACUUGGAGUCAGUCCGCAGGGACAGCGACGGACAGAGCUCAGCGGACAGAGUUUCCAAUGAAAGACUGAUCAAAGAACACCUGAGAGACAUCAUGAGGACUGAAGACCUUGACAACCUCACAUCCAAAAUGGUGCAUUCUGCCCUUGAGACCAGGAUAGGCUUUGACAUGAGACCCUACAAGGAGUAUAUUGACAAUGAGAUCCUGGUUACCAUGGCUCAGAUGGACAAGCCCUCCAAAAUAUUUGACUACUUAUACCUGGGUUCUGAGUGGAACGCAGCUAAUUCUGAGGAACUGCAGAAAAACAAUGUCGGCUACAUUCUGAAUGUGACCAGGGAGAUUGACAACUUUUUCCCAGAAUCCUUCACCUACAUGAACAUCAGAGUGUACGACGUGGAAGCCACCGACCUGCUGUCCCAUUGGCCAGACACGUAUAACUUCAUCAACACAGCAAGGAAAAGUGGCCAGGCGGUUCUGGUGCACUGUAAGAUGGGAGUGUCUCGAUCGGCGUCCACGGUCAUCGCUUACGCCAUGAAGCAGCAGCACUGGUCGCUGGACGUGGCGCUGGCGUUCGUGAGAGAUCGCAGAUCCAUCAUCAAGCCCAACGAGGGCUUCAUGAAGCAGCUGCAGACCUACAGCGGCAUCCUCAACGCAAGCCAGCAGCGUCACAGCGCACUCUGGAGGCGAAAGUCCCGAGAACAAAGACAGAAGUCAGCGGGGCAAAAGGAGGGAGGGCAGGGAGAGAAGCCAGAGGAAGAGGAGGAUGAGGAGGAGGAGGAGGAGGAUGACGACGACGACGACGACGACGAUGAUGAUGAUGAUGAGGGCGUUGAUGAUGUGGAGGCCGGUCCAGAAGAAAAGGACUCAGGCAGUGCUGAGGAGAAGAACGAUUCAGAUGAAGCCUGCGAGGUAACUGUGCCGUCAGACACUUCACAGCCGUCAGACGUUCCUGCGAGUGUUAACCGCAGUGGCAGGAUGAACCUGUUCUCCCUCAUGCAGUCCAUCAGCGAACUGGAUGACGUUGACAGAGGACACGAACAGCUGCUUGACAGUCCCAGGCGCUCUCCAAAGCAGCGGAGGCGUAGCCACGGGCGACGGGGACUCACCCACCAGAGAGCAUGCGUGGACGUUUCUCCUGAACCGCGGAGUCUGCCGGACGCCAGGCAGAGCAAACCCUAA